CUGCCGACGCCGCGAGGACCUCGUCGAGCCCAGCCGCUGAACCAAAGAAGAGGAAGCCAUGACGGCCACGCCGACCACCCCGUUCCCCCGCCUCCUCUCCCCGGCCCUGUCGCCCCCCGCCGCGCGCCCUUCCUUCUCAUCGACUGUCCGCGCUCCCUCCAUCUCCAUCUCCAUCUCUUACCCCCUCCGCGGCCGCCGCCACCGCCUCGCCGCCUUUUCCAAGGACACCACCAGCGACAAGGGGCAAGAGCAAGAACCCGCACCGUCCGCGGCCGAGGCCGAUGGAGAAUCGGACGAGGGUACGGAGGCGGAAGGGCCCGGGGAGAAGAGCCCGGAUGCGGUGGCGGCGGAGCUGAAGGAGGUUCUGCGGGCGCGGAAGGAGGCGGAGGCUACCGCGGGCGGCGAAGGGUGGUGGGCAGGCGUGGUGCAGGAGAUGGCGGAGAUCGAGUGGCCGGCGCCCGGGAAGGUGGUGGGCACCACCGGCGUGGUGCUCGGCGUCAUCGCGGGGUCUACCGUGGCGCUGCUCUCCGUGAACGCGCUCCUCGCCGAGCUCUCCGACCGCGUCUUCGCCGGCCGUGGCCUCCAGGACUUCUUCUCCGGCUGACGCGGCGCCGCUUUCUCUUCAGGAUUCGGAUAGGCGUAUGUGGUUCCUGUUCUGUAACUAUUGUUUCCUGUAACUGGGAUGCAGAAACUAGAGUGAUAGAUCAAGUUUUGGGGUUUGGAACAAUUAUUAAUUUUUGCAAGGAAAAAUGAUGAGUUUCUUGGGGGAAUUUGGAGUGUUGGCAACCUGUGAAUUGCAUCUCCUUGUUACUCAUUCAGAAACCAACUUGAGUUUUGAUGUAGUGGUGAUCUAACGAUGGG